AUGUCCCUUUCCACGCUCUUGAGCGUAAUCUUAGGGGCGCUGCUGCUCUACGCGACUAGAUGGCUACUGACAAGCAAGAGAAAUGACCUCCCCUUGCCCCCAGGUCCGCCAGGAAAGCCUCUCAUUGGCAACAUCUCGGACCUGCCUGCGCCAGGGACACAAGAUUGGGUACAUUGGCUGAAGCAUAAGCCGCUGUAUGGCCCCAUCAGUUCGGUUACCGUCAUGGGCCAGACCAUCAUAAUCGUGAACGAUACCCAAAUCGCCCUGGAGCUCCUAGGAAAGCGCUCAGCCAUCCAUUCCUCGCGCCCGAAGCUGGUAUUCGCGUCAGAUAUGGUUGGGUGGGAGCAUAUUCUAGCAAUGCAACCCUACUCCAGUCGAUUCCGUGCCUAUCGCAAGGCCAUGCAGCCUUAUCUUGGCUCUGAGCAAGCAGUUGCGCAGUACAACUCUUUGCAGGAAGUCGAGGCUCACCGGUUUCUACUUCGUGUUCUGAGAUGUCAAAACAAGCUGGCCCAGCAUAUUCAAACUGAAGCUGGAGCGGUGAUUUUGAAAAUCGCAUAUGGAUACACCAUUGAUCCGCAUGAGCGAGACCCCUUGGUACACAUUGCGAACCUUGCCCUGGAACACUUUUCCAUUGCCGGAACACCGGGUGCUUGGCUAGUGGAUAUGAUACCCAUAUUGAAAUAUGUUCCUGCCUGGCUCCCCGGUACCGGGUUUAAGCGAAAGGCAACGGAGUGGAAGAGUAACCUGGAGGAUGUCGCGAAGAAGCCCUACGACUUCGUGAAGAAGCGCAUGGAGCGAGGAAAGUUCGAGCCAUCGUAUCUGUCGAAUUUCUUCAAGGAAGAAGGCUGUCCUUCCAACGGAACCGAGGAGGAGAUAGUUGCGAAAUGGACCUCGGCAUCACUCUAUACGGGCGGCGCUGACACGACUGUCUGUGCCAUCGAAACCUUCUUCCUAGCCAUGACUCUCUUCCCCGAGAUACAGCAAAAGGCACAGGAGGAAAUCGACAAUGUUUUGGGAUCGAGUCAGCUGCCCAAAAUGGCCGACCGGGCUCGACUUCCAUAUGUCGACGCUCUUGUGAAGGAAGUCCUUCGCUGGCACCCGGUCGCACCAAUGGGCAUCCCCCAUAUGUCUGUUGAAGAAGACACCUGGGAAGGAUAUCGGAUCCCGAAGGGAUCAUUGAUCAUGCCUAACAUCUGGGCUCUCACACAUGACUCCGCGACUUACGAAAACCCGAUGUUGUUUAACCCCGAGCGCUUUCUAGCUACAGAUGGUCAGGAACCCGAGCUACAUCCGCACACGAUCGUGUUCGGCUUCGGCCGUCGCGUCUGCCCUGGUCGUUUUCUCGCCGACAACACACUGUUCCUCAGCGUCGCCCGAUCGCUCGCGGUGUUCAACAUUAGCAAGGCAAAGGAAAAUGGGAAGACUGUGGAUGUGAAUCCGGAAUUCCAGCCUGGUGUCAUUAGCCACCCGGCUCCUUGGAAGUUCGAUAUAAAGCCUCGUUCGCCUGCUCACGAGGCUCUGAUAAUGUCUGUGGAGACGGAUCAUCCAUGGGAGGAAUGUGAUGCUCCGGAACUGAAGACUGUGUAA